AAACAGAUAAAACACUUGACUAUAGGUGUUGUCUAAAUAAUACAUAAGCAGAGAAUAAGUAUAAGUGCAUGUUUUUUCAAUAUAUACAGUGUACCUAUGGGUGCAUCAGCAUUAUUUCCUUUUAGAGGUACGUGUUGUAGACUUAGCCGGUCUAUUGUUAGGUCUACUUUACAUGUAACAGUCAAAUUACUUUACUGCAACGUUUAUACUCUAGCAAUUUUGUUUAGAAUUGCUCUAUGCAUGCAAGCCACAAUACAGUAUCAAAACAAGCUGGUCAUUAAGUUUGUACAGAACGUUGCAUAAAUAUGAAUGAAGUUAUUAGUCAUAGAAAUGUUGCGUAUGGUAUUAACAGUAACAGAGAGGACAACUCUUAUGAAAUAGUCUCACCGGAUGAUAGCACCCUCCCACAAGAUAACGUAGAAGAGGACCUCGAUCCUACAACAGGCAAAGAAAUGUCAGUCAAAGUGCGAUUGAAUUGCUAUUUUAUUGUCACCAUCUUAGCUCUAGUGAUAGCUGUCCUUUCUCUGAUAGUGGCUUCGAUAGGAGUGAGUUAUGAAUCUCUGAUCAAUAACUUGAAGCAGGAAAUUCAAAAAGUGAAUUUUCAACUAAAUCACACAAACCAACAGAUUCAAACUCUAUUCCAAGCUAAUCAAAACAUAAUAGCAACACUACAAUUGGGUACCAUAAGUUAUCCAGUCAGCUCUUGCAGUGACAUCCCUCAAUACAAACCAUCUGGAGAGUUCUGGAUUGCGACUGACAGUACUAGCUCUCCUGUUCAGGUCUACUGUGACAUGAACCGAACAAGCUGUAGCUGCAACACUACAGGAGGAUGGAUGAGGGUAUAGCCAACCUUGACAUGACUGACCCCAACCAAAACUGCCCAGAUGGAUUCAGACUGGUGAACAGGACAACACCACCACUGCGUACUUGUGGCGGACCUGGACCAGCAGGAUGUGUAUCUGCUACCUAUCCAACUUAUGGGGUGGAGUACUCUCGAGUUUGUGGGAAAGUGAUUGGCUAUCAAGACAAGACUCCAGAUGCGUUUUAUUCGUAUUUUGAUAAUAGAGCAUUGUCUAUUGAUGAUGUUUACGUUGAUGGUGUCAGCCUAACUCAUGGACUGUCACCUCGUCAGCACAUUUGGACGUUUGCUAACGCAAUCGAUGAAGUUCACUCGGAUCACUAUGUAUGCCCUUGCUCAAGACCUGACCUCCCCUACACUGGAAUUGUACCUUCCUUUGUCGGUCAGGACUAUUUCUGUGAAACUGGAAGCCGACAACUAAGUAAUCUUAUCUUCUAUCCUGAUGAUCCACUCUGGGACGGUCAGGGAUGUGGGGGUACCAGUACUUGCUGUGAGUUCAACAAUCCACCAUGGUUCUGCAAGCAACUCCCUCAGCCAACUACAGACAAUAUCGAGUUGAGACGUUGUGCUGAUGAAAACACUGAAAAUGAAGACAUAGCACUGCAGCUAGUGGAGAUCUACAUUCGCUGAUUUAUAUUACGUACAUUUGUGACUUAGAUUAACAUUUAACGCAAGCCAUGCCCCUUCACACAAGAAUUAGGAUAUGUCCACAGUGUGCAUAUCGUAUUGAGUGGUCCCAGUAGAAUUUAAUUACGUACUCACUCUGUCACGCCCACUCUAUAGUUGGCAUGGACAAUUAGCUGCUCAGCCUAUCAGAAUACUAGUGCAUGACGUUAUGUGGGUAUAGUUUUUAUGAUACGAGUGAGUUAAUGAUGACGUUUUACAAUCUGAUUGGCGGCGCCAAGAUCCUAGUGCAGGGGAAAACUCCGCAUGCACACUAUUGCGAGACCCUCUUUGUGUGAAUGCAUGGGGCAUGGCCUAAUUGCGAGAUGG